GAGAUGCCUCGCAAGCCCGGAAAUCAACGCUGAGGUCGAGACUGAACGGACUUCUAUAGAGACGAGACGAGACUCUUCAGGGAAGCUCUCAUUUCAUCAGAAGUGUACAGAUUCCAUAGAACGAACGAUGUCUCUUGCGGACAGGGUUUUUCCUCGCGUAACUUUGCCAUUGCCAUAGCUGCGCAGCUGAUCGGAUACAUGGCUGUCUGUUGAGUCGAUGGGAAUUUUAGCGCGGGCCUGUCGAUACCAAAAACCCUAAGAUAUCACCCAGCGACGGGUUUGCUCCAUCAUGGGAGGUCGAUCGGAUGAAUUGUCAUCGUCUCAUUAUGAAGUGCUGGGAGUCGAUCCGAGUGCCGAUUAUGUUGAAAUUCGCGCAAAGUACCGUGCAGCUGUCCUUGCUUUCCACCCUGAUAGGUUUCCCUCCAGCUGUUUAAUUGCGGAAGGUGCCAAGAGUUGGAAUUCAGCUGACGAUGGUCGUUUUAGUUUAGGUUCAUCUGGUAAUGUUGAUCGCAGGAUACGAGAGAUAGGCGCGGAAUUUUCCGCAACCUACCGUUCUAGAGAACAGUCAAAUGAAGCAGAGCAGUUUUUGAGAGUUCAAAAGGCGUGGGAAGUCCUUAGAGAUUCUGACUCUCGGGCCACAUAUGACCGAUUCCUAUCUGCACAGAGACUAGCCCACCAGCAGGAAGAAAGCACGAAAGUGAUUGGGGAAGAGGUCUAUAUCGAAGACAUGGAAAUUCACGAAGAUGAAGAAGGUCAGGCAGCAGAGUACACGUACCCAUGCAGAUGUGGUGAUUUGUUCGUGGUUUCCCUGGAAGAGCUAAAUGAAGCUGGAUUUACAGGAAUGACUUGUCCAAGCGGGAUUACAGAUACCUGCAAAAAUCCAGAUACACUGAAAGUGCCUACAGAAAGAAGUUAUCAAUGGCAGCGGCACUCACUAGUAUUGCCCUGCCAAUCAUGCUCGCUGCAUAUUCGGUUACACCUCCCCUUGCAGUAAGCUUGAGCAAGCCGGAGUAUUAUGAUUGCAAAGUCUGUCUGCGGCAGUGGAUUUUGCAAAGUUGGGAAGCUGGAAAUCUGGCCGGGGCAGGUGUUCCAUAGUUUAGUGUCAUUCAGAACUUCCUACAGGAAAUGCCAGUCAGCGAAGGAAUGCAUCCUCAUUCAAGGCGCCAGCGCUUGCGAUAAGACAUGAUCAUUUGUCCAUUCUCCUGUCAAAAGUGAGGAGCUGCAUUAUCUGCCUACUUGACAAUUGAUCUCAAACUUUACUAAAGUGGUACAGUACACGCGUGUGCUUCUCCGGCAAGGUGGGUUGGAUUGGAAUGUUGGUGUGGACCAGAACUUACAUGUGAUCGAGACUCUUGUCGAGAAGAGAAGAUUACACAUAUAAUCUCUUCCAGCGCGACGACCUCCUGCUGAAGCGUGAGGUGUCAUGGCUCUCCUUCCUAAGAGACAUUUUCACGGGCUCUGACGAGAUCUUGGAGGGAGCGGGAGCAGAGGUGCACCACUGUCUACGUGGACUGUAGCCUCUGGAAAUUUGUUCCGUAUCCAUUAAAUAUAAGCUCGUACAUCUUUUUCUCGCUUCCUUCAUAGUACCUAUUCAAGUUUCACAGAACUUUGAUUUUAAACUUCAUCUUUCCUUCAUCUUCAUCUGCACUCUCAAUUACGUAGACCAGCAUUGAAAUUUUCUUUUCUUCAGAAAGCAUACAAGUACAUUACUUGUCCACUUUGCAUGUGGAACGAUUCUGUCUCUGAUCUGCCGGUGCUAAUGGAACAUUAAUGUAUUGGCGAACCUUAUAAAUUUCUGGCAUAGUCCGGGCCGCGGCUCGUAUUGAGUCCUUGUACCUGAAUCAAAUUUUGCCGUUACGAGCGCAUAAUCUAAAGGAGUGUCACUUUCUGUAAC